GACAUCAAGGAACAGGACCGUUUUUUGCCCAUAGCUAAUGUGGCGCGGAUCAUGAAGCGAGCGCUGCCUGACAACGCCAAAAUAGCCAAGGAGGCCAAAGAGACAGUUCAGGAAUGCGUAUCCGAGUUCAUAUCAUUUAUUACUAGCGAGGCUAGCGACCGGUGUCAUCAGGAGAAGAGGAAAACCAUCAAUGGCGAGGAUAUCCUGUGGGCCAUGCAGUCACUUGGGUUUGAGAACUACACAGAGGCGCUAAAGAUCUAUCUGGCCAAGUAUAGAGAUUCCAUA